AUGGAUGCAUUCAGAGCAUUUGAAAAUGGGUCUGCUCCUGCCAGAUGGGAUCCCUUCCGUCGUCCCUUGGACUCCAUCCAGCCCUGGCAAUUCAGGCUUCUAGCAGCACUAAUGUUGUUGGUGACCUCCCUGUCACUUGCUGAGAACCUGGCUGUAAUCCUGGUAACUUUACAGUUCAAGCAAUUGAGACAACCUGUCAAUUAUAUUAUAGUCAAUUUGUCUGUGGCUGAUUUCCUGGUCUCACUGACUGGUGGUACCAUCAGCUUUUUAACAAAUCUAAAAGGUUAUUUUUUUAUGGGAUACUGGGCUUGCAUAUUGGAAGGAUUUGCUGUCACAUUUUUUGGCAUUGUAGCUCUCUGGUCUCUUGCUCUGCUGGCCUUUGAGCGUUACGUUGUGGUCUGCCGCCCGCUGAGAAAUGCGCACUUGAGGGGGAAGCAUGCAGCUCUAGGUAUUGUCUUUGUGUGGAGCUUUUCCUUCAUUUGGACCAUUCCACCAACAAGUGGCUGGAGCAGUUACACCCCCAGUAAGAUUGGAACUACUUGUGAGCCUAACUGGUACUCAGGAGCUGAUGCUGACCGUACAUACAUUAUUACGUUCUUCACCACCUGUUUUAUAGUACCCUUAUUGGUGAUUUUGGUAUCCUAUGGAAAAUUGGUGCAGAAGUUAAAAAAGGUGUCAGAUGCCCAAGGCAGGCUGGGAACUACCAGGAGACCUGAAAGACAAGUGACUAGAAUGGUUGUUUUUAUGAUCAUUGCCUUUCUAAUCUGCUGGAUGCCAUACGCCACCUUUUCUAUCCUAGUCACUGCACAUCCCUCCAUUGAGCUGGAUCCCCGUCUGGCAGCAAUUCCGGCCUUCUUUUCCAAAACAGCUACCGUUUAUAAUCCAAUUAUUUAUGUCUUUAUGAACAAACAGUUCAGGCAGUGUCUGAUUCAAUUGUUCAGUUGCAGUGCCAUGGGAACUGCAGAGUCCAACGUGAACCUGACUGCACAGAGAGCAGUGCUAACCCCGGACAGAAGAGGCAAGGAGAUGGCCCCCAUGGCCGUUCAUAGCUCCAUUUCUGAGAGGAAAACUGGAGAUGAAUACACAAGCUGCAACCUUUGGCUUUGUUGACAGCUUCAGAAGACAGAGUGGGAGAUGAGGUCAUUAAUGCAAUGCCACAGUGUAUUUAAUUGUUACGAUCACCUAAUAUAGAGAGAUGUUGUCACGGGGGACACUGUGUCCUGUGGACACGAGCUUUGAAGUCCCCUGCUCCUCAGUGUGUGUAAGAGCUGCUUGGCCCGUGGGUGCAGUCAAACAUCCGGCCACAAGGUGAGUCCUUCCUCCGCUGCCAAUCCACAACCAACUUGCAGCAGGUGCUGGCACCACACCGCUGUGUCUCUCCCUGCACUCCCUUAGUGCCUGUUUCUGCUUAAGUCACGUCCUCACUGCUUUAAUUGGGCUGCUGAUUCUAGAAUAAAUUAUUAACUUGUUACUACACCCCUGCUUUCAGAAGCAAGGACUAUAACACAAAUACUGCUUCUGUAAACAGAAGCAAAUGGAAAUUGCCAGCUUUCUGUGUCUGUAUUCCAUCUCAUAUUAAAUUCACACAAUGAAGUGCAGCAAUAUAUUUAGCUUUAGUGGAAUGUCACUCGCACAUGAAAAGCCAAACCAGGUUAUGAGUGUCAUAAAGACAGACUUCUGUUUUAUAAAGUGUUUGGGAUCAUUGUAUGAAAUCUUGCUAAGAACUAAGCUUGUGCUAAGGCACAUUGGAAUUUUAAUCCUAGAUAAAAUCCAUCUUUAAUGGAAUGCAUUUUAGGAGAAAAGGCAAAGGAUGACUGUAUUUAAAUGCUUUAGGAUGGAAAACCAUUAUUUCUAGAGAAGACAUUAGAACAAUGCCAGCUGGAACAAAUGUUGUUCCAUAAUGGUAUAGAGAAGUUACAGUAGCUCCACCCUGUACAGGCCUUAGCUAUAGAAAUGUGAUAUGGAAUGAAUCAUCCAUGGUUCAGUUUUACGUCCAAAAAAAUAGAAUUAUUUUACACAGAAUAAAUAAAUUUCAUUUCUAUCAAUUUUUUUUUCUGCUUUCUGCUAAGUUAAUGUUUGAAAAACUAUAUUGCCUUGAAAAAGAGUGGGACUACCUGAGAUACCUGUGGUCAAAGCUAGUCCCUAAGCAGUACCUUGCUGACUUAGAGGUCAAGAACCGCUCCUGCAGCAACUGGAGAUGCUGGAGGGUCAGGAAAAGGUAGUACAGGCAUCCAGCACAAAGCAUAUCCUGAAGCCCUGGUUUCUGUGUGGCUCCCCUGGUCGUGAGGAGGAGAGCUGUAGCUCCCUGCUGGGGAGGAGGGCCAGGCACGGGAGCGAGUCCCCGAGCCACUCUGGCCUUGGCAGGCCUGGUGAACUGCUUGGCCAUCUGUUCCUGCCCUCACAGCACCCACACCCACGGACAGCCGUGCCCUUUGUUCUGCACCUUACAAAGGCCCCUUGGACCUUGCCCACAAGGUGUCCUUUGCAGAGGAGGAGGAGAGGUUAGGAAGCAUCAGAUCCUUUUCUGUUUUCUGAUUAGGAGGAUGUUCAGAUUCCGUUGCCCUGAUUUCAUUUUGGGAUGGCAAGAGCCAAAGAGAGGAGUUAAUCUACAAAUAAAAUCAUGAGCUGAACAUGUGAGAACUCACUGCAAAAGACUGUACAGUUUUCCUAUUCAUCUCACAAAAUUUCACAAGGUGACUGCCUUUUAGGGUGUAAUUUUGGCUUGAACUUUUGCAGGGCUCAGUCUUAAACACAAAUGUUGAUCCUUAUUCUGACAGGCACAUUCUUUACCAUUCUUUAAUCCUGUGUUAUCUGUAGCAGAGCAAUGAACAGAUGUAUAUGCCUUUUUAAAAUGUUUUGGAAAUACUGUGAGGAAGACUAUGGUAUUCAGUUAUUAAUUCUCUGCACCUUUUUGUGCUCAUUAGUCCAUUAAAACAGCCAGAUAUGAUUUGAAAGUGAAAAUUCUUGCAUUUAAGACUCAGAUUUUCUCUUUCAAGGAUAUAUUGACCUAGGUUAAUCACAAGUUAAUGGUAUUACAUAUAUUAAAUCAUGAAGAAUUGGCAGAAGUGCUAGUGUUUAAUUAAAAGCAACAGAAUUAUUUUAUCUCUGGAGAAGGUGAGGAUAUGUAAAGUAUAGCUCUGUAGUACAAAAUAAAGCAACAAAAAUUAAGUAAUCCCAAAUAAAAAAGAAAUGUAGAAAUGCAUGGAAAUGAUGUAAAAAUGUGUGGAAUCAGUAGGAAACAGCAAGCUGUCUCUAUGAGAUGUACCCAUCCCUGACAGAAACAAGGAAUAAUAGAAUCAAUGGGUAUUUUAAUUUAAAUUGUCUUCAAUAAUGUUUUUCAGGAGGAGGAGGAUACUUUUUUUUCCCACUUACUGGUCAGAAAGCACAUUUUAAAAAGUGUGAACACCUUGACACCAGAACAGUAUCAGCCUGUGAGCAAAAUAUUACAGGGCUCCCAGGAGCUGGUUGUUGUCUUUCAAUGUAACUUAAUAAAAAAAAUUUUAGAACUACAAACAAAAGUAGGGGUUCAGAGUUCUGCACAGUAAUUAAAGGGACACAUUUUUGCAGUAUGUGGUAAGAGCAUGACAUGAACAUUUUACCAUAUACAAAAAGUAACACAGGCAAUGGAUGGUUUUAAGACACUAAGAUUUCAUGAAUAAAAGAUGUUACACUGCCAAA